AUGCCAAGAGCAACCAUCAACAUUGGAGACGCGGCGGGACAGGCAGCCACUAAUGCUACCUGGAAAUACGCCAUUGGUUUUGUGCCCGGUCAGGAAAACGAGGGGCUGGUAGCCAACGGAGAGGGCAGCCCGUGCCGGUUACCCGGCUACGACGACUCCGGUUGGGAAACGUGCCAGGACCUGUCUGUGGGGAUCUCCAGCGGCUUUACCUUCGCCUGGUACCGGACCACCAUCACCAUCCCGGAGACGGUCAACGGCCGCCCCACCAACGGGAUGCGCGUCCAGUUUGAGACCUGCGUCGACGACUACGGCGAAAUCUGGAUCGACGGCGAAUGCAACCGCGACAGGGGUACCGUUCAGGGAUUCAACGUUGCUCAACGGGUCCAGGUUUCCAGCGACGCCACCCCCGGCGCUCAACACACGAUCGCCAUAUUGGCGGCCAACGGCCCGCUGGCCGCGCCGUUUGGGACCGUGUUCGUCCGCUUUGCCAACCUUGGCUUCGAGUGGACCGGGGCCUUGGUGCAGUGGGCUCAAAGGCCCAAUCGCGCGGUGCUCAGGUCAGAGGCAGGCUGGAUCCUGGCGCUGCUGGCUGGAGCAGUGCCACCUCUGGCGCAUCAUAUGGGACUAGGCUACGAAGGGGCGACGGGAAAAGGGUCGGGGAUAUAG